AUGAGCGUCAUAGCAAAAGGAUUUGUUAACUUAUUUCGUUCGCAAAUAGGAAAAUCAAUAGAAGCAUCAAACGCAUGGAGUCUUACAAAAUCAUGUGUCAACAAUGCAUUCACUGGUUUCGCAGAAUUCAAAAGAUUUGGCUCUUCAUUAUUUCAAAUGCAUAAAAAGGGCCCGCAUUGUAAAAAACGUAACAAGCAGAGACCUUUCAAUGGAAACCCUUUUGCAAAAGGUGUUGUUCUCAAAACCCUUAUAAAAAAGCCAAAGAAACCAAAUUCAGCCAACAGAAAAUGCGUACUUGUAAAACUAUCCAACGGAAGAGAAAUGGUUGCUUACGUUCCAGGUAUUGGUCAUAAUCUACAAGAACACAACAUCGUACUUUGCCGAGUAGGUCGAUUAAAAGAUACGCCUGGAGUUAAAAUCAAAUGCGUGAGAGGAAAAUAUGAUUUGCCACAUGUGAUAAAACCCGAACAGAAAUAA